AUAAUCGUCAUCGUCGUCAAAUCGUUCUCUAAUUGAUUUUUUAUUUAAGAACGUUAGGAUUUGAAUUUUUCGUUGUUCCUUUUGGAAUUGUACCUCGAUUUUGAAAUUGGAUAAGAUAACGUAGUAGUUGUCGGCGAAGAAGAGAGUUACCUUUUUUUUUGGUUGUUAUUGUUAUUAAGAGAAAAGGGAUCAAACGAGUUCAGUGAUAUGGCACAGCUGAUAAGCGUCAAACUUUCCCGCUUCGAUGGAUCACCAUGGGGAUUUCGUCUUCAAGGUGGCAAGGAUUUCGGUACACCGUUGAUCGUACAAAAGGUCAAUGGCGGGUCACCGGCCGAAGCAGCGGGUCUCAGAGCCGGAGAUGCCGUCAUUAAGGUCAACAGCACGGAAAUGUACAAUCUGAGGCACAAGGACGCUCAAGAUGUCAUCGUCAGAGCUGGAAACAAUUUUGAGAUAACCGUGCAAAGAGGAGGCAGUACUUGGAAACCAAGCGUGACGCCGGUAUCGUCUACGCUUCCAUCACCGACGCCUGCUGUAUCAGCUGGUAACAUUACCCCGGUCACGAAGACAUCUCUUGCUGCAAAGAAACAGGAUGCACCACUUAUCGGAAGUGGACAUAAUUUCAGUCCUAAACCAUUCUUGAAUGGUACGAGCGAGGGUCCAAUAAAAUCUAUCGUAAACAAACAGUACAACAGUCCGGUAGGAAUUUACAGCGAAGAAACCAUCGCGGAGACUUUAUCCGCACAGGCCGAGGUUCUCGCCGGUGGUGUCCUUGGGGUUAAUUUCAAAAAGAACGAGAAAAAUUACAAUGCGGAAAACAGCGAGGUAUUUAAGAUGGUACAAGAAGCUGAUAAAGAACCGAAAACACCGGAGCCAGCUGAACCAAGUGGUACGAGCGGCGUGAUAACGCCAUCGUCGCCUGCCUUGGCUGGACUGAGGCCAGUGUCGGCACCGGAAACGAAAACUCAACCUCCAUCGACGCCCCAAUCGAGCCUUCCACCAGGACAGAACAUCUGUGCCGAGUGCGAGAGGCUCAUCGUCUUUGAUAAUUAUGACGUAUCUUCAAGGACAGAGUUUUACUCGUCGGUGAGCCACGCGAUUGGCGGAAGGGCCACUUCGCCUAAAUCACCCACGCCUCUAUUUCACGCCCUUGGUGGCGGUGGCGGUGGAGGUGGCGGAGCCACAACCCCGAAUAGCCAUGAAUAUCCACGAAUAUCAAACAACGAGGAUCAACAACGUCGAGACCAGUCGCUCGUCCGUUGCAACAACUGCGACCGAGUGAUCGUAGGUGUCUUCGUUAGAAUCAAGGAAAAAAAUCUUCACGUUGAAUGCUUCAAAUGUUCAACGUGUGGUACUUCUUUGAAGAACGUUGGUUAUUACAACAUCAACAACAAAUUGUAUUGCGAUAUUCACGCCAAAUUGGUAGCCAGACAAAAUGCACCUCCAGGUGUUAUACCAGUUACCAUGCCACCAGGCAGCAAAGCACCAGCCAGCACGAUCUCUGCUGCGCUUUCAAACGUUGGCACACCUUUAUCGCCACCGCUAAGCAAUCACGGAUCUUCACCGUUGCCGUUCACCAAUUGCGGCCGUACUAGUCCAGAUUAUGGUUACGAUCGUCAAUCAAGAGGAACGCCAGUGAACAGGAAUGGCUGUAUCAGAAACGGAGAGUGCAAUGGAGAAUCUAAAACGUUUACGAGCACUAUCACCAUCCAGACAGGUGGCACGGAGUCUUGUACUACUACCACCACCAACAACAACAACACCACCACCAGCAAUCACGUUGGCAGUUCGCCCGUCGAACCACCCGGUUUACGAUCAGUCCAGACACCGACGUCGAAUAGUUUAAUCGGGCCUAAGCCUUUUGGUGGAUCGAGCACUUUGUCGAAUCUUUCAUCACCUCCAAUAGCAAAUUCAGGAAACAGUAUUCUUCCACGCGUGCAGAAUCAGACCGCAACUGGUCUCUUCUCUGCACUGCCAAAGCCAAAAAGUUCGCCCUUCAGAGCCGGUCCAUCUUUCAACCCAAAACCCAGACCCUUCUCCCUCACAUUCGUCCACGAAAAGUUUUAUUAUUACGAUUGCGUGGAGGAGAGCAGACAAACGUCGAAAUCCCCUUCGAAUCCAGCCUGCACCAAUCCAUCGAACAAUCGAAAUUCGGUGAAAUCUCGAAGUCUCGCUUGGCCCCCGACAAAAUCGAUCGAGGACAUAACAUAUCCUACUGCCAGUCCUUUGUACAUCGAUCCGAAUCCUGUACUCGAUCGUCGAGAUCAUCACGCGGUAAAGGAUAAACGUGCGAGUAUCGAGGCUUGCGAAAAAGUAUUGAAAAUAAGAAGCGAGAGUACUGAUCGAGAUUACGAACGAACUUCACGACAAGAUUAUUAUUUCGAUCAAGACGCGAUGGACCGUGUCAGUUGUCCAGGUCCUGUUUACAAGCGAGUCGAAUUGGUGGAUACCAAUGGAGCAAGAAGAGAAACUUCCAGACGAGAAACUUCGAGGCCUAGCUCGACUGAUAGUUGUGUCAGAAGAUCGUUGACACCUACGAGAAUCUAUCAACCGAUACCUAGACCCUGGACAGCAACCGUGUCAACGGGUGGCAAUCUUUACGAAAAGAGUUACGCUUCCGAGGAACAAGCUAAGGUUUGUAAAAAGUACAAGAGCGAGAUAUGCCAGAGUGAAGAAGUUCGCGAGGGUGGUGUACGAGAAGAACACCGUGCUUUUCGUGCUGAGAUUUGUCGAACGGAAGAAACCGUAUCACCGAAACCACCAUUGCCGUGUCAGACGCGUCCUGAAACACCUCGAGAAAUCGUCAAAGAAUUUGAUAAGGAAGUCAUGGAUUUGAGAAAAGUUGAAAAAGACACAACCAUCGAUACGACCGUGACAUGCCAGUACGUACCCUCUGAUGUAGCAGCUGUUCAAAAGGGAAUCGAAGGUGAACACGAUCUUAUCACCGAAACUGCUGAGGAAGAUAUCGGUGAUAUGCACGUUAAGAAAACAACGACUUACGAAAAAACCGUGGAAGUUUUAUCACCCAGGGAGGGUUCACCGGCAUUGGAACAAAUCGAGGAAGUGGAAUCGUGCACACGUAAAAGUACGACAAAAGUUGAUAGACAAUCUGUCGUAGAAGGUACGACGGAAACAAAAACAGUCGAGGAAUCUGCCGAAGUUGUAACAUCGGCCGUCGAUGCAACGAAAUUGAUCGAACAAGCAAAGAGAGAUGAGGAAGAAAGAAAAAGAGAAGAAGAAGCAGCUGAGAGAAGAAAACAGGAAGAGGAAGAGAGAAGAAAAAGGGAGGAAGAAGAAAAAAGAAGACGAGAAGAGGAAGAGAGAAAUAAAAAACACGUAAGUUUCAGGGAAGAACAGGACGAUGAUGAUGAAGAAGUUGUCGAAGUUAUCAGAGAGAAACCACUUGGUCGUACGGUUAUACACGAGGAAAAGGUUACAGAAUCGGAUGGUUCCAAUCCAGGUUGCAAGAAAAUUACUAAAGAGACAUACGAGGAAAUUGUAGAGGAAGUUCUCGUUCAAGAACGAGUUAAAAGGAGAGACGUUGAAGAGGAACGUAGGAAGAGUUUGAGGGAACAGGUUGAAGUUCAUCAGAGUCUUCGUGAUCAAGGAAGACAUCCAACUCCUCAAGAACGAAAAGUUGGAGCUAAAUAUACCCCUCACGAUAACAUGGAGACUUGCAAGAAACACGUUCAAUUUAUGAAACAAACUGAAACGGGACCUAAACCAAUUUCUGAUGGACCCGUACAAAAUGCCACACCUAAAGAAUGGAAAUCCGAAAUGGUGAACGCCUUGACCACAGCACCGGAUCGUCCCUUUACACCCGUCAGUUCUACCGUGAAAGAACUUUACACCGAAGAAACUGUCUAUUUGGAUCACAAAGUAAGACCAGUACCAAAACCAAAGGAACGUCCUAUAUCACCGUUCCAACGUGCCUUAACGAUAGCUCCGGAACGUCCUUAUACUCCACUUAGUCGAGUUAUCGGACCGGAAGAUCGUGAAGUCGGUGGUAGAGCUCAGACACCAGUAGUUACACCUAUUCCGGAUGGAAUUUGUCCACCAGCCGAUAUUCUUUAUGGCGAAUUGAAAGAUUCUUAUCGUCGGGAACAAGUUUGUACGAAGAAAAUAGUACCACAGCCGUUGCCAACACCACCUCCUGAUUAUCGUUUAAGAGAUUCCUCAGUUUCACCAUCGAGAUCUAGGCCCUGUAGCAGAGCCGACACACCUAGUAGUAAACCUUCAACGGUAGGAUUGAGAAAACCAGAUACCAUACCGAUUUAUCAAAGAAAUCUCGUGGCCAUGAAGAAAUCACCUGUCGAAGCACAACCAUAUAUUCCUAGUAGAUCUCCAACACCAACUCCAAGCAGAAGCAAAUCUCCGGCACAAGGACCACCGGCACCUCCAUCUUAUUAUACGAAAGCCCAAGCACCUAAAAUUAGAGACGACCCUCCGUGGGCCGUUACAGAAGCUCCUCCUAGACCACCGUCAAAACAAAGCUCGAUACACUAUCCCUCGCGUAAGACCAUUAAUUAUACCGUAGAAGAGGAUACGGAUACUGGUCAUAGGAAACAAGAAUACAUGGGAUGUAAGACGGUACAUUACGACGAACGACAGGCGGAAGAAAAGCAACAAGAAUCCGAUUCUGUACAUGCUCAAUACCAGGAACGACGUAGCAUGACCAGUGAUGAUACCAGCGAAGAAAAUAAUACCGUUUGUCAUAUUAAAAAGGCACUGCAAGUUGUCGAGGAUUACGAGAAAUGCGAGAAAAAGACUAUGGCGAUUACACAACCAUCGUCAGAAAAGAAAGGAGAAUGUUCUAUCAUUUCAACGACUCACGCGGACGUAACUUUACCUUGUCCGAUGAAACGUAAACCUGUCGAGAUUCCUAAAGUUCAACCAACGUACAGUAGCUCGACCGAAGUACGUCACGUUCGCUAUGAAACACCAACUCCUCCUGCAACUAAGUGUCCAGAAACCGGAGUGACCGUCUUACCGUGUAAAGCUCAUUCCGACCAAGGCACCAAAGCUGGCGUGGUGGUCGUACCCUGCGAUGGACAACCAAGUCGUCCAAAGACAGGCAUUUGCGUGAUGCCAACUCCUGAUCGAUCUGGGGUUUGCGUAUCGCCCUGCUUCGGUCUUAAACCUGGUUCUUGUGGCCAACCGUCUGGUUAUUGCGGUGGCGAAUCGGCAGGAUGCGAUUUUGAAAUACCCAACUGUCCAGAAUCCGGUGUUUGCGUCGCACCUCGUCCGGAUGGUUCAGUCUGUGUAGCACCUUGCAAGAAAUCUGGCGGCCAAUGUCUUCGCAAAAGCCAAAGUCGAACGAAUCUUCCUUUCCCGCAAAUCCCACUCCCCUACGAAGAAGAAUCUACUCCUCAAACUAGCCAAUCUUGUUCUUUCGAACCAAUCCAUAAGCCUAAAACUAAUCUCAGCGGACAGCUUGCACGACUAACAGCUAAAAAUCGAGAUAUUCCUACCGUUCAGCUUUACAAACCAUUACCGCAACAAUGCCAACAAUCCAGCAGUCAAUGUGAAAACCAAUGUGAAACCACAAAAAGCUAUCAUUGCGAGACCAAAAGCUUCUAUCAGUCCCAAAGCCAAUGUCAAACCGGAAGUCAUUGUCAGUCUCAGACUAGCUGCCAGGAUGGCUUCCAUUGCUCCCCUAGUAAAACCCCAAAUAUAGUUGACCCACCAAAUAUGUCAUCCCACCCGGAUCUAGGUACCGGAGGUCUCGGUGGUUCCGGCUCCAAAAGCGGAUCCUUUGCUGGUAGCAGUGCACCUAAACGUGGAAGGGGUAUCCUCAAUCAAGCUGGUGGACCAGGUUCUCGUGUACCACUCUGUGCUCAUUGCAACUCCUACGUCAGAGGACCAUUCAUUACCGCAUUGGGACAAAUCUGGUGUCCAGAACAUUUCGUAUGCGUGAACACUCAAUGUCGUCGUCCAUUACAAGACAUCGGAUUCGUCGAGGAAAAAGGACAACUUUAUUGCGAAUAUUGUUUCGAAAAGUUCAUCGCACCAUCUUGCAACAAAUGCAACAACAAAAUCAAAGGCGAUUGCCUAAACGCAAUUGGAAAACAUUUCCACCCUGAAUGCUUCAACUGUUCGUAUUGUGGAAAACUUUUUGGUAACAGUCCGUUCUUCUUGGAAGAAGGUUUACCCUAUUGCGAAGCUGAUUGGAACGAACUUUUCACGACAAAAUGCUUUGCCUGCGGAUUCCCAGUGGAGGCUGGAGACCGUUGGGUAGAGGCCCUCAAUAAUAAUUAUCACAGUCAGUGCUUCAACUGUACGAUGUGCAAGAAGAAUCUCGAGGGUCAAAGUUUCUACGCGAAAGGUGGUCGUCCUUUCUGCAAAAAUCACGCGCGUUAAAAUUCCUCAUAGAUGAAAAAAAAACGCGUGGCAAGAAAGAAGAGGAGAAAUUAAGAGAAGGAUGAAAAUAA